CACCUGUAAUUGCCCAAAAGGGUUGGAUAGCUCCUUAGCCUUGAACUCCCUCGGGCUUGUGAUAUCAUAGAGUUAUGUCAUCUAGCUUUGCCUCUUCAUUCGCGCCCUAUACCCCUCCACCAGAUGACUCUUCCUACCGAUCAGCGCCGUCUUCAAGCUCCAAAGCGCAGUCGUGGUUUCCUGUUCACUCAUCCUCACGAGGAACAGAGAUAUCUUAUCAAUCUGGCGGUCUCCCUACAUUUAACAAUUCGAUAAGUGGGCAUGAGGACACUCAGGAAGAUGUUCAGCAGAACCAGUGGGAAACGAGUUAUGGAAUGCGUGUGGAUGUUCUAUCAGCCUUCGCAUAUAUCUUGGGUCCGAUCUCAGCUUUGAUAUUACUUGUGCUGGAAACUCAUAACGAUUAUGUUCGGUUUCACGCCUACCAAUCUGCCUUGUUAAUGACACCCCUGCUAUUAGUGCGCAUAUUUGCAUCACUACUCGGGUUUCCUUCGUGGAUGCGGUCAUUUCUCACUAUUUCAUUCGCACUUUCCGCACUUUUCAUGGCCGUACGAGCGUACUUUGGAGCUUCGCGCGGAGGUCUCACACGUUAUCAUAUCCAAAUAAUCGGGCCGCUCGCUGAGAGAUGGGUCUUCGAGGAAUGAGCUACUCUCCUCCGCGAUAUCAUCCAACAUCAAUGUACACCAGGAUUACACCCUCUAUCUAUGUAGCAACGAAUACGUGAAAACAUAAUAACAAGCGGCGGCCCAUUUCGAGCAACAGCAUGCAGUGGGUGCAAGCCACUGCAUUUUUCUAUGUCCACGCAGUUGAUUACGGGCGGACUGGGACACGCACACUGCAGGCCAACAAUUUUGUGAAGGACAAAGAACACUUUCCUUCUAAUUACUGAUGUUGUACGGAGGACCUACGCCUGACCUCCCGGUUACACCACAGUUACAGGGCUGCAUUGAAUUUUCUAAUAUUAC